AUGUCUGGCCCUGAAAGCGCACAUGCUGGAGGUGGCUUCGACCUUCUGCGGAGGGCAACUCAAGCAAUGAUGUCAAAAUCCGCCGCGACGGAAGAGGAGGGUACGGACCAUAUCGGCUUCGAGACCCCUCGGUCUGGCGUAGCCACUCCUCAUCCCGACCCUCAAGAUAAACGCCUGCCCGGAAUCACGAGCUACUUUGCCCAGAGCGGCCCGCCUACCCCUACCAGAGCCCUCUCCACGGCCAAUUCAACCGCAGAGGCCAGGGAGACUACUCCCAAUGGAGCCAGCAACGAUGCAGCCAGCAAUGAUGCAACCAGCAACGAUGGGGCAGAGACGAGCAGCGGCACCCAAACCCCCAAGAACUCUGGCUCUCAAUCCUCGUCUGCCAAGGGGAGGCUGACCAUCAAGAUCGUCGAGGCGCGGGGUAUUCGCAAGAGCCGCGACCCCUAUGUCGUCGCUGUUUUCCAGCGGAGUGAGCUCAUCUCUGAUGGUCCGCAUGAGAUCGAGGAGGAGGAGCAUGCCGUAGGAACACCGUCUGGCCUUGGCGCGAUCCCCAUGAAGCGUCAGGUCAGCGAUUCUGGCAGGCCCAUGGCGAUUCCGAUGCGCAGCCGCCAGAGCAGCAACACCAGCAUCAGCGACUACAACACGUUCCGCAACCGGAACACGAAGACCCUCUACUCGAACCCUAAGUGGGACGCAGAAGCAGUCUUCGAUGUUGUCGACUCGGAUAUGCUGGUAGACAUUUCAGUCUAUGACCGCGCCGCGAACGGGGAUGAAUUCCUGGGUCAUCUCAAUAUUGAGGCAAAGAAGGACGGCCCUGUUAAGGGGUGGUUUGCGUUGCAAGGACACGCCAACACGACUGUCGACAACAUUCCCACCGGCGAGAUAUACGUCGAGAUUACCUAUCAGAAGACGGAACGGAAGCACUUCGGCCCCAGCGACUUUGAGAUCCUCAAGCUCAUCGGCAAGGGCACAUUUGGCCAAGUGUACCAAGUUCGGAAGAAGGAUACAGGGCGAAUCUAUGCCAUGAAGGUCCUGCAGAAGAAGGUGAUUGUUCAGAAGAAGGAAGUGGCACACACCGUAGGCGAGCGCAACAUUCUUGUGCGCACGGCCACGUCGGAUUCACCCUUUAUCGUCGGGCUCAAAUUCUCGUUCCAAACCCCCUCUGAGCUGUACCUGGUGACAGACUACAUGUCUGGUGGAGAGCUGUUUUGGCAUCUCCAGAAGGAAGGCCGAUUCGACGAGAAGCGAGCCAAGUUCUACAUUGCCGAGCUCAUCCUCGCAAUCCAGCAUCUCCACAACAACGACAUCGUCUACCGAGAUCUCAAGCCCGAGAACAUUCUCCUGGACGCCAACGGCCACAUUGCCCUCUGCGACUUUGGGCUGUCCAAGGCGAACUUGACAAAGAACGACACCACCAAUACCUUUUGCGGAACCACGGAGUAUCUCGCGCCCGAGGUUCUUCUCGACGAGUCCGGAUACACCAAGAUGGUGGACUUUUGGUCGCUGGGCGUCUUGGUAUUCGAGAUGUGCUGCGGAUGGAGCCCCUUCUACGCUGAGGACACACAGCAGAUGUACAAGAACAUUGCCUUUGGCAAGGUUCGGUUCCCGCGUGACACCCUCUCUCAGGAGGGCCGCAACUUUGUCAAGGGGUUGCUUAACAGGAAUCCCAAACACAGACUAGGAGCGACGGACGAUGCCGAAGAGCUGAAACGCCACCCCUUCUUCAACGACAUUGACUGGAACCUCCUGGCCAAGAAGCUCAUCUCGCCACCCUUCAAGCCCAAGUUGAAGUCGGCAACCGAUGUGUCAUACUUUGACCCGGAGUUCACCACGGCGCUGGAUCAGAACGGCUCUCUCAACGAGCGGGCAGCGGCGCUGGCUAGAGGCUACGCUGCAUCUACCCCUCUCUCACCGUCGGUGCAAGCCAACUUCCACGGCUUCACGUACGUUGAUGAGAGCGCGCUGGACGACCACAUGCGCGACUCUUCGAGGGUGGACGACGAGGAUAUGGAUGACGCUCACGCCAAUGGUGACGACGACUGGGACAAUCUUGAUGAUAUCGAUCCCAGAAAAUCCAACAGGAUGAGCGGCGUCUUGAAGUCUGGACACGACGAGCAAAUGGUUGGAGGCUCGCAUUUUGACCCAUAA